AUGUCCACCACUGUCACCGACCCCAAGGCGCAGUACGCCCUCAUCACCAAGGGUUUACAGGAAGUGCUCAACGGCCAGAUCAUCCAGGAUGUGCUUGAAAAAGAGCAGCGUCCGUUGAAGAUUUACUGGGGUACUGCCCCUACUGGUAAGCCUCACUGUGGCUACUUCGUCCCCAUGGUCAAGCUCGCCCACUUCCUUAAGGCUGGCUGUGAAGUCACCGUGCUUCUCGCUGACCUCCAUGCGUUCUUGGACAACAUGAAGGCGCCGCUUGAAGUCGUCCAGUACCGGGCCAAGUACUACGAGUGCGUGGUGAAGUCGUUGCUUAAGUCGCUUAAUGUCCCCAUCGACAAGUUGCACUUUGUUGUGGGUCUGUCGUACCAGUUGACUCCCGAAUACACCAUGGACCUCUUUAAGUUGCUGAACGUGGUGUCGCAGAACGGGGCUAAGCGUGCUGGUGCCGAUGUCGUCAAACAGGUCGACAACCCGCUUUUGCUGGGUUUGAUCUACCCGUUGAUGCAGGCGUUGGACGAAGAACACUUGAAGGUUGACGCCCAGUUUGGUGGUGUCGAUCAACGUAAGAUCUUUGUUCUUGCUGAAGAAAACUUGCCCCUGUUGGGCUACAAGAAGAGAGGUCACUUGAUGAACCCGAUGGUGCCUGGCUUAGGUGAAGGCGGUAAGAUGCUGGCUCUGGACCCCAACUCGAAGAUCGACGUGCUUGAAGACCCUGCUGUUGUCGCUAAGAAGAUUAAGAAGGCGUUCUGUCAACCGGGCCAAGUUGAAGGUAACGGUUUGAUUGCGUUCUUGGAAAACGUCGUCCAGCCGAUCCAGGAAUUGUUGAACGAACAAGACGGCUACUUCAAGUUGGACAUCGACCGGCCGGAAAAGUUUGGCGGGCCCAUUGCCUACCUGCUGUUGGACCAAUUGAAGCAAGACUUCAAAGAAGAAAAGUUGGCGGCGCCCGACUUGAAGUUGGGGGUCACCCUGGCCAUCAACGGCUUGUUGGCGCCGAUCAUCGCCGACUUUGCUGAAAACAAGGAGUUCCAAGAGGCUCAGGAAAAGGGGUACCCCCCCGAAGCGCCUAAGGAAAAGAAGGCGAAGAAGGAGAAGAAGCAAGGGACCAAGUACCCGGGUGCCGCCAAGGCCAAGGAGCUGAAGGAAGCGGCGUUGGAAAAGAAGGAAGCCGCCGCUAAGGAAGCCGCCGCUGCUAAGGAACCGGAAACUACUGCUUAG